UCACAUGGUUGCAGAGCACAUUUUGACAGGUCGACGAUGUUGUUGUCCUUGUUGGUGUAUCUGCAGUCACUGAGAUGGGUGGUCCCGACUGCAGUUAUGCUGGGGUCAGCCCCAGCCUACAUCACCGCAUGGAUGGCGGUGCGAAUGGCAACCGCAAUUCUACCGAGGCGUUACUACCGACGCGGGGACGACCUUUUAUAUUCGGCCUACCAACGACUUGUACUAUUUUUUUUUGAGAACUACACAGGAGUAGAGAUUUACCUGUAUGGGGACACAGAUGUCCUGACAUCCAAGCAGGAGAAUGUUCUGUACAUGUCCAACCACCAGUGUACAGUGGACUGGGUUGUGUGUGACAUGCUGGCUAUCAGGCAGGGAAUGCUGGGAACUCUCCGCUAUGUCCUGAAAGACGGUCUUAGGUUCUUUCCCUUAUAUGGAUUCUAUCUGGCGCAGCAUGACUGUUUGUAUGUCAAGAGAAGUGGAAAAUUUGAUAAAGAUCGGGCCAGUCGGCAACUGGAGCGACUUCAGAGAGACAAGACCCCUACAUGGUUUGUGGUAUUCCCUGAAGGCACUCGCUUCAACCCAGAGCUGCCUGAUGUCAUCAAGAAGAGUCAGGAAUUUGCCAAGGCUCAGGGUUACCCCGUCCUCCACCACGUCCUCACCCCUCGUUACCGAGCCCUGCAGGUAGGACUGCUGCAGAUGAGGACCUGUCUGGAUGCUGUUUAUGAUAUCACCAUCGCCUAUGGCAACACAGUAGCCAAGGAGACUGGGGAGAGACUGUCUUCUCCAGGGAUGCCAGAGUUCCUGCAGGGAGGCAGCAAACAGCUUCACCUACAUAUAUCACGUAUACCCUUGUCUGAAGUCCCGGACAAGGAGGAAAAGCUCUCACAGUGGGUGCAGCAACGCUUCCAAGAAAAAGAAAAACUUCUGUCCCACUUCUACUCCACCAACAACAGUUGCAGUGAGCCUCGCCAGUGUUUCCCAGGCAAGCGAGUUGUGUCAAGUCUUCCCCUCUCCUCCACAGCACCCGCCUUUAUCUUCUGGGGCGGACUCUUCACUGCGGUGCUGGCCACGUCAGAGGGCCGAGCCCUGUACUGGAAGGUGGCCCUUGGGUCCACAGCAGCUGGCUGUCUGUGGAUGGCAGCACGCUCUUAGCGAGGAGGUCACAUAGGGACGUUAUCUGCGCUAGAUGUCAGGCAUAAUAUCAUGACUGCCAGAGUAUUUGCAGUGCUUCUCAGUCUUCUUUUCCUUGCCAAAAUUUGUCACUUUGUCGUGUUGACACUGACUAAGUUGAUCAGAGCAAGACAGUGAAGUAACUACCGUUGACUGGGGUCCUGGGGUCUUGUCUGGUCACACCAAGGCCAGCUCAUCUGUGAUCUGUGAACCAGUUUCUGUGUGUUGAUGCACAGGCUCCUGUGUGUGAUAACCAGGUGUUAUUAUGUGUGAAGGGAUGGUAUUGUAUCGGGUCAGCUCACUGAGUGAUUGUGACUACAAGCUGUGUGAGACUGUCUUGUGUGUUAACUCAUUGUAUGUCUGGAUUGCCUGUCAAUAGAUUGUGUGUCUGGAUUGUACUUUUGGAUUGUGUCUGGACACUUGUUUGCCUAGAUUGUAUGUUGACACAUUGUGUCUGGAUUGUUUAUUGACACAUUGCGUGUCUGCAGUGCCUAUUGCUAUAUUGUGUGUCUGGAUUAUGUCUAGUCACAUUGUGUUGUCUGGGUUGCAUGUUCAUACAUAGUGUCUGGAUUGUGUGUUGACUCAUUAUGGGCAUGGAUUGUCUAUUGAUACAUUCUGUGUCGGGAUUGUGUGUUGACAUGUGUGUCUAGAUUGUGUGUUGACUCAUUAUGGACAUGGAUUGUCUAUUGAUACAUUCUGUGUUGGGAUUGUGUGUUGACAUGUGUGUCUAGAUUGUGUGUUGACUCAUUAUGGGCAUGGAUUGUCUAUUGAUACAUUCUGUGUUGGGAUUGUGUGUUGACAUGUGUGUCUAGAAUGUGUGUUGACUCAUUAUGGGCAUGGAUUGUCUGUUGACAUUGUAUGUGUUGAAU